GGAUCACCGGUGUCGUUCGUGUUCCGGUCGACGUCAAAGUCCAUGUGAGAAUAGGCGAAGAGACCUGCAACAAAGAAAUUAAUAUGGCGCCGUGGUCACGUAAAUAAGGAAGUUCCAUAUAUCAAGUGCCGCAGCGUCUGGAGCAUCGGGGAAGGAAUGAUAAGUUGCAAGGUAAAGGGAAAUUCCGACGUAAGUGGACACCGCCCUCGCGCGUCAUGACUGGCGAUUUUCGCCGAGUAACAGGAUGGAGUGAUGUGGGUCAAAGAGUGACACCGCUGCCUAAGAACCGCAUGUUCUCAGCGCUUCGGGGCACGGAGAUGCCGUAGAUUAUCGUCGGCCAUUAUCGGGCGGCGCUUUUAUCGCGUGUUCCACGACGGUCACGUCGAUAAGAUAAAUUCGGAGUCGCGGAGCGAGUGUCUGCUGGCGUGCAGGUGAGAACGUAUGCGGCGCGACGGAGCUGCGGGGAAACGCAAAUCGGGAUCGUCGGGAAAUAGCCGGAAGGAGCCAUGCAGGCGGACGACAAGUGCACUCCGGAGGAGAAACAGCAAAGUGUCUCGUCGUCGGACAACUCGCGACUGAGCGUGCCGGACGGAUGGCCAUUCAGGAAAGCAAAGGAUUUGAUCGAUACCCAAAAGGAUGUGAAGCUUGAUCUCGAUAUCACGCUUGAUCUCGACCCGUUCGCCGAAGAAUAUAACAUGAACCAUAAGAGAAGAGGAGUAGCGCUCGUACUGAACCAUGUUAACUUCGACAGCAUGAGCGCGCGGAAAGGAUCCAUAAAGGACUCCCUGGAUCUUAAGGCAUCAUUAGGCAGACUCGGGUUUGACGUUCGGAUUUACACCGAUCCGACGGUGAAAACCAUAACUACGAUCUUGCAGACGACCGCUGCGGAGGACCACACGGAUGCCGACUGCCUGAUCGUGGUCGCAAUGUCACACGGCGAAUCGGGUCUAUUGCAUUCGACCGACAGCCUGUAUCCAGUCGAUAUGCUGUGGGUUCCCUUCACGGGCGAUCGAUGCACCAGCUUGGCCGGGAAACCAAAGUUGUUCUUCAUUCAGGCAUGCCGCGGGACGCGACUGGACAGAGGGGUGAGAAUUAUUCAUGAGACAGAUAGUAAGAGGACUACAUACAGCAUCCCCGCCUAUGCAGAUAUUAUGGUCGCGUACUCUACUUACGACGGUUUUUACUCGUGGCGCAACCCGGACGCGGGCUCCUGGUUCAUACAGGCGCUCUGCGAGGAGCUGGAUCUACACGGGCGCAGCCGCGAUCUACUCAGCCUAAUGACCUUCGUGAAUCGCCGCGUCGCCAUCGAGUAUCAAUCGUACGUACCAAAGAACGAGAGAUUCGACGCGAAGAAGCAGAUCCCGUCGAUAGUCUCGAUGCUGACCCGCCUCGUGCACUUCCCCGACAAUCGCGCACCGGACGAUAUCGACGACGGAUCGAAGGAAAAGGGAGCUGGAGUUCGCGAGAAAGUAACGUAAGAGUGGGAAAACGUGUUCGUCCCCGAACGAAUCCACGACGAUGGAUUUCUCGCCAAACAAAUUGAUCCGAGUCGUCGAGUUAUUUUGAUGCAUCGCAUUUUGGAGAAGCAAUUAUCGAAUGCAUUUGGAUUGUUGCGAUCGAGUCUUGCGUGUAAGAAGAUAUAAUAGAAAGAGAGAGAGAGUGUGUGUUAAUUAUUCAUUUUGAUAAAAAGUUUCGCAUCAUUUUCUACCUUUGAUAAUACAUACUUUGAAAAAUACUUCUAGAUUUAAUCAAAUACUCUUGAUUGAGAUUGUCUUUUUAAGAAUUCAAUACAAUAUUCUUUUAUUUGAACGAAAUGUGUGUGCUAAAGUGGUUACAGUUAAUAUUAAAUUACAAUGUAUUACAAAUUUAGAGAACAAUUGUAAAUUAGGUAAAAAAACUAUAGUAAAUUGCAGCAGAAACGGAUUGCAGGAUUAUCUGGAUAAUAUUUAUCCCCUCUCUCCAUUUGUCGCACAAAUGGAAUAAUAAAUAUAUUAUGGAAUAUAUGCUUGAUAAUGCUCGAUGAAGUGAAAUAAAUCGCCAGUGCGCAUUAGCCAAUA